AUGGAGUCAUCCGAGCAAGAGAGUAGAACCUCUACUCCGCGGUCGUUUACCGGUCAGAGCGUGUCCGCGGAGGACAUGCUCAAAUCACAAACCGUCGGUCUUGUGCACCUGUCCGACUUUCGCAAGCGUCGCGCAGAGGUCCUAGAGCAAAAGGAGCGCGAGGCACAUGACAAGUCACUUGGGCGACUGGCAUCUGGUAAUUCACGAAGCGCAACUCCUUCUGCAGGCGAAGUAACUGACGGGUCUUCGACUCCACGAAGUGACGCUCCUCCCAAGAAGAAGAAAAAGAAGGCGCUCGCCAAGAGUAAGCUUUCGUUCGGUGAUGAUCAUGACGACACUGGGGAAGAGUCCGCCGCAACCCCGCGCGACUCGAGCGUGUCACGAUCCGGUUCAAAAACACCUGUCGAGGAGGGCGCUACAUCUGCUGCUACUGUCCGUCGCAUGAAGGCGAACCCAAAUGCGCCACCGCCGCCCAAGGCAAUGACCAAAGCUGCGAUGGAAGCUGAGGCGCAGGCUCGCGAUGCUCUACGGAAGGAAUUCUUGGCGAUGCAGGAAUCGGUUAAGAAUGCGGAGAUUGCCGUUCCCUUUGUGUUCUUUGACGGUACUAGCAUACCUGCGGGAUCAGUCAAAAUGAAAAAGGGGGAUCAUAUCUGGCUAUUCCUAGAUCGAUGCCGCAAGGUUGGUGCUGAGCUGGGAGUUGGUGGAGCGAAUGGAGCCUCCAAGGCCCGCAAAGAAUGGGCACGGAUCAGUGUUGAUGAUCUGAUGCUUGUCAAGGGCGAUGUCAUAGUCCCACAUCAUUACGAGUUCUAUUAUUUCAUCGCCAACCGAGUCCCGAGUUUCUCACGAGCUGGCGGCCUGCUUUUCAACUAUUCAGAUAAGCCCGCGCCAGCCAAGCCAAAUAAUGAUGAUCCUCUUUACCGCCCCAGUGAACUAGAAUUAGAAGGCGCCGACAAUGACGCCACCGACACCAAGGUCGUAGAUCGACGUUGGUACGAAAAGAAUAAGCACAUUUACCCAGCCAGUCUGUGGAACGAGUAUGAGCCAGGCAAGGAAUUUGAAGAAAAGAUGACAUCGAUACGGCGUGAUGCACUGGGAAAUUCAUUUUUCUUUUAG